AUGCCUAAAGUCAAAAACGUAAAAAAGUCUCUUACACCUCAGAUUUCUUGUUUGACAAGUGAAUCUUAUAAACAGCUGGAUUUUUUGCCUGAAAAACUGAGAGCAAAGCUUCUUCCAUUCCAGAAAGAUGGCAUCACUUUUGCCCUCAGAAGGGAUGGCAGGUGUAUGGUGGCUGAUGAAAUGGGUCUAGGAAAAACAAUCCAGGCAAUUGCAAUUGCUUACUUCUAUAAAGAGGAAUGGCCUCUUUUAAUAGUGGUCCCUUCAUCUCUGAGGUACCCUUGGACAGAAGAAAUAGAGAAAUGGAUCCCAGAGCUAGGUCCAGAAGAAAUCAAUGUUAUUCAGAAUAAAACUGAUGUUGGGAGAAUAUCGACGAGCAAAGUGACAGUUCUGGGUUAUGGUCUUUUAACCACAGAUGCAGAGACUUUGAUAGAUGCACUGAAUAAUCAGAACUUCAAAGUAGUUAUAGUGGAUGAAUCACAUUACAUGAAGUCCAGAAAUGCAAAUCGCAGCAAGAUUUUAUUGCCAGUAGUACAGAAAGCCAGACGAGCCAUUCUUCUUACAGGAACUCCAGCUUUGGGAAGGCCUGAAGAGCUUUUCAUGCAGAUUGAAGCUCUCUUUCCACAAAAAUUUGGAUCAUGGACUGACUAUGCAAAAAGAUACUGUAAUGCACAUAUCAGAUAUUUUGGAAAAAGGCCUCAGUGGGAUUGUAGAGGGGCAUCAAAUCUUAAUGAACUUCACCAGCUAUUAAGUGACAUAAUGAUUAGAAGAUUAAAGUCUGAAGUUUUAACCCAACUGCCCUCUAAAAUCAGACAACGUAUUCCAUUUGAUCUUCCGUCAGCAGCAGCCAAGGAACUGAAUACCAGCUUUGAAGAGUGGGAAAAAUUAAUGAGAGGUCCAAAUUCAGGUGCCACAGAGACUGUCAUGGGGUUGAUGACUCGCAUGUUUAAACAAACUGCUAUUGCCAAGGCAGGUGCUGUAAAGGAUUAUAUUAAGAUGAUGCUUCAGAAUGAUUCACUUAAAUUUCUGGUUUUUGCUUACCAUUUAAAUAUGCUCCAAGCUUGCACAGAAGCAGUCAUCGAAUACAAGACUCGUUAUAUUAGGAUAGAUGGAAGUGUUUCAUCUUCAGAAAGAAUACAUCUGGUUAAUCAGUUUCAAAAGGAUCCUAAUACUCGUGUGGCUAUCUUAAGCAUUCAGGCUGCUGGUCAGGGAUUAACAUUUACUGCCGCAAGUCAUGUUGUAUUUGCUGAGUUGUAUUGGGACCCUGGACAUAUAAAGCAAGCAGAAGACCGUGCUCACCGAAUUGGACAGUGCAGUUCUGUGAAUAUUCACUACCUUGUUGCAAAUGGGACUCUAGACACCCUUAUGUGGGGAAUGUUGAAUCGCAAGGCUCAGGUUACAGGCAGCACAUUGAAUGGUAGAAAGGAAAAAAUUCAGGCUGAGGAAGGUGAUAAGGAAAAAUGGGAUUUCCUGCAGUUUGCUGAAGCUUGGACUCCAAAUGACAGUUCUGAAGAGCUAAGGAGGGAAGUCUUGUUCACUCAUUUCGAAAAAGAAAAACAGCAUGAUAUUCGAUCAUUCUUUUUACCAAAACCAAAAAAAAGACAGUUGGUGACCUCCUGUGAUGAAUCAAGGAUAUUCCGGGAAAAAAAAACUAUAGUGGCAUCAGACCACAGAAAAAUAGUUGCAAAAGAUACCACUGAUUAUGAAAGAGAUUUUGAAUCUGAAGCUAAAAGAUUUAAAUCGGUUGCCACCAACGACCACUGCAGUGCCUCUGAGGAGACACCAUCAUGGCCCAGGCAAACCAAAGCUCCACUCAUGGACAGUGUCCAUGAAGCCAAGGCCCAGUCAACCACCCUAGCUGUUCCUAGAGAAGGCUGGCAGUGUAGUUUCUGUACCUAUAUCAAUAAUUCAGUGUUACCUUAUUGUGAAAUGUGUGAGAAUCCUCAAGGCAGUGCUGUUGUACAUAUAGAUAGCCUCAACCACAUCCAGGAUAAAAACAAAAGUGAGAAGGAUGAUUCUCAGAAAAACACGUCCAAAAAAGUUCAAACUAGCUCAGACUGUGAAAAACAAGUCCUUGCACAGUCAGAACCUGACCAGUUGGCUGAGAGCAAGGAAGAAACAUCAAAAAUUCAAAGGGAAGACAGAUUUACACCCCAGCCAGGUAAUGAACAGUUGAAGAGUUCAGACACUUUGCCAGUGUAUGACACCUUAAUGUUUUGUGCAAGUAAGAACACUGACCGGAUUCACCUCUAUACUGAGGAUGGAAAACAGAUGAACUGUAAUUUCAUUCCUUUGGAUAUAAAAUUAGACCUUUGGGAAGAUUUACCAGCAAGCUUUCAGCUGAGACAAAAUCGCUCAUUGGAUGUUGCUGCAGCCUCAAUGGACAAGGUGAAGAAUGCUGGGGGCCAUGUCCGUCUCAUCACAAGGGAGUCCAGGCGAUGGGAUCCUGUCACAAAAAAGUUUCUUGAAGAAGGAGCCUGUGACCCAUUUCUAAAUCCCGACACAGCCCAAGCUGAUCUCACUGUGAAGGCUUCUACAUCCAAAGGCUAUUUGCAAGCGGUGGAUAAUGAAGGAAAUCCACUUUGCCUUCUCUGUCAGCAACCCACUUGCCAAACUCAGCAAGCUUCAAACCUUAAUGGAAAAUUAAAUAUUGGCAACUUGCAACUAGAACUCUUUUUACGUGUGAGAGAUGCCCCUAAAAGUCAGAGGAAGAAUCUUCUGGAUGCUACCUGGACUACAAAGCUUCCACUAGAACAGCUAAAUGAAAUGAUAAGAAACCCAGCAGAAGGACAUUUCUGGCAGGUGGAUCACAUCAAGCCAGUAUACAGUGGAGGGGGACAGUGCUCCCUGGACAACCUGCAGACUCUCUGCACAGUCUGUCACAAAGAGAGAACUGCCAGACAAGCCAAGGAAAGAAGCCAGGUGAGAAGACAAUCUCUGGCAUCAAAGCAUGGAUCAGACAUCACACAAUUUUUGGUAAAGAAGUAA